AUGCCACCCCGUCUUCCGCACACUCUCGUCACUGCCCCUUGUCCCCUUGCGCAAUCAAUAUUACGGUGUUGCGUGACGAGGGAAUCUGCUGCUACCAGGACAUACAGGCCGAGUAUAGCUUGUGCUUCAGCGACGCUGCGCUGUUGCAAUGGCAGCAGCACGAGGGGGUUUCAUGCGACAAGACAUCUUGCUCGAGGUGCUUUCGAAGGAAAGAAUCAUUAUGAACGGUUAAAAGUCCCACUCGACGCUUCUUUGGGAGAGAUAAAAAAAGCCUUUUAUUCAUUAUCAAAGUCUCACCACCCCGACGCAAAUCGCUCCGACCCCGACGCCGCUCACAACUUCUCCCUCAUCUCCGAGUCCUACACCAUCCUCUCCGACGCUUCUCGCCGCGCCGCCUACGACCGCGAUGUCUUGCGCCUUCACCACCAACAUCCGCACCACCCCCACCAAGCCUCAUACCACAGCACGAAUCCCGCCGGCGGCCGUCCACCCUCCGGCCUAAGCCGCCGCAGAGGGACCUUCCGCGGCCCCCCUCCAAGCUUCUACCGCAGCGGCGGAUGGGGCGCGCACGCCGACAAACGCCGCCAGGCACACGAGGAGUCUACCGGCGGCGCUGGCUCUGGCUCAGCAUCGUCUUCGUCUGAGACGGACCGCGCCAACCCCUGGAACACGAGCGCUUUCCACCAGACGCAUCACUACGGCGGCAUGGGCCCUGGGUCCGACCCUUUCCACCACCGAGACGAGCACGUGCCGCACUUUGACAGGGCCGGCCACACGAGGACGCAUGAGAGACAGGAUCACCGCCGGUGGCAGCGCCAGAAGAGGGCCGUUGGGGAUGACGACAUUGAGUUUGAGCCGCAGACGAGCCUGGCGGGGCACUUUUUGAUCGUGGCGGGGAUAUUGGCGGCGACGUUUCUGGCGCCGGCGGUGUAUUUGCAGUUUAUGCGGCUGGGGAGGCAGAAGAAGGAGAGGGAGUAG